GUGAUGGAGGCGGGGCCGAACGCCCUAUAAAUAAGUGAACAGCCCUUCUCCUCGUUAUUCAGUCUCUGGUGAGCUUGUGGUGUUCUAGGAAGUGCUGUGUGUCUUUGUGGUUCUACAUUAUGGCUGAAGUAGUGGAACAGCAACAAGAGCAACAGAAUGUCGUGGUUAGGUUUAUUAACCUUCCCUUGGUGAGCUCAACCUAUGAUAUAGUGUCUUCCGUUUAUGUGAACACUAAAGAUGCCCAUCCUUACCUGAAAUCUGUUUGCGGCGUGGCAGAGAAGAGUGCGAAGACCAUUACUACAGUGGCUGUUAAUGGAGCUAUGCCAAUAAUACACAAACUGGAACCUCAGAUUGCCAUGGCAAACAACCUUGCUUGUUUUGGGCUUGACAAGAUUGAAGAGAGGCUGCCUAUUUUGUAUCAGCCUAGUGACAAGGUUUUUGCUAAUGCCUCUGAGACUGUUGUUGGUGCCAAAGAUGCUGUGAUUAAUGGCAUAACAGGAGUGGUUGAUAAGACCAGGGGAGCUGUGUUUGGCAGCCUGGAGAUGACCAAGGCUGUUGUGAAUGGAAGUAUUAACACUGUGCUUGGGAGUAAUGCAGUGCGUAAGAUGAGCAGUGGUGUUGAUAUUGCACUUACGAAGUCCGAGACUCUUCUGGAACAAUAUCUGCCACCAACUGAUGAGGAGCUAGCAAAGGAGGCUGCAAAAACAGAGGGGUUUGAGGUACCAACAGGGAAUGCAAGCUACUAUGUUCGCUUGGGAUCACUCUCUACAAAGGCCCGCAAACGUGCUUACCAACAGGCUUUGACAAAAUUCAGAGAUGCUAAAUGCAGAAGCCAGGAAGCUAUUGCUCAGCUGAAUACCACUGUUGAACUGAUUGAAUUUGCCAGAAAGAACAUGAGUGAUGCCAAUCAAAGGGUACAUGAUGCACAGGGACAGCUGUACAAUAAAUGGGUGGCAUGGACAAAAAGCACAGAACAGAAUCCUUGUGGAGACUCUGAAAGCACUGAGCAAAUUGAAUACCGCACUCUGACCAUCGCACGGAAUCUGACCCAUCAACUGCAAACUACAUGUCUUUCUCUGGUGUCCAGUGUCAAAGGCCUUCCACAAAACGUCCAGAACAAAGCUCAGAAUGUUAGUGCCAUGGCUGCAGAAUUCUACCAGAAUUUUCUCUCCGCCUCUGCUUUUAAAGAUCUCUCAGACAGCUUGAUGAAAACCAGGAGAGAGAAGUUCACAAAUAUGAAGGAUUCCAUGGAUGAUGUGAUGGACUUUUUGGUUAACAACACUCCUCUAAACUGGGUGGUAGAUCCCUUUUACUCAUUGGCUGGUCGACGUGGGGAGGAAGAUCUUGAUGUGUCGGACACAACCAGCGAAGCAGAAUGAGCUUGCUUCUAUUUCAGGAGUCGCUUUGUCCUAAAAGUCACCACUAAAUUGGCUUUGAACUGACUUGCCACAUUUUGUGCCUCCAUCUGAGGCAUUCUAGCUUUGCAAUAGUGUUGCAUGUCCUUACAUUUUGUGGUCUUGUCUUAACCUUGGCCAAUGCAUGCUUGCUUGAGCUCUAAUACCCCAGUGAAAACUUGUGUUCCUUUCAGCUGAUUUGCUGUAAACUAUCACUCUGUUCCAUUUUUGUAUCAAUAAAUAUUUUGCAUUA